ACCAACCUUUAACCUUUAUCCCAAACCCUCAUUCCAUGGGAACUGCCGAACCCUGUACUUCACACUACUCACUCACUCACUGCAAACAAAGGUUCCUCUUCUCUUUUCUCUCAAUCUCCUCCCUCAAUUGUCAAGAAAGUGGUAAUCGUUAAUGGUGAUGAUAGGGUUUUAGGGCUACGAGGAAUUUGAAAUGUCGUCGUUGACAGUCAAGCCUCCAUUCCUUUCACAAUCAUCAUCUUCUUCUUCGCCUUCCUUUUCGUUUUUUUCACUAUAUCGAAUUAAUCGGUUGUGUUCUCCAAUCAGUUUCCCAAAAAAGAUAAACAACAGAAGAAGAUUCAAUUUGAGUGCUCGUUCUUCUGAUUCUUCCCAGAACAACGACAAUGGCAAGAACGCUUCUAAUUCUAGCGAUUCCAAACCCCCUAACGGCUCUCUGCAGAAGAGCAGGAGAGAAAUUCUAUUGGAGUACGUAAAAAAUGUGCAGCCUGAGUUCAUGGAGUUGUUUGUUAAAAGGGCACCUCAGCAGGUAGUUGAGGCUAUGCGCCAAACUGUAACAAAUAUGAUUGGAACACUACCCCCUCAGUUUUUUGCAGUUACAGUAGCCACUGUUGCUGAAAAUCUUGCACAGCUCAUGUACAGUGUUUUGAUGACUGGUUAUAUGUUUAGGAAUGCACAAUAUCGGUUGGAACUGCAACAAAGUUUGGAACAAGUUGCUCUUCCUGAGGUGCAAGAUAAGAAGGAUGUGCCAGAUUAUGCACCAGGAACUCAAAAAAAAGUAUCUGGUGAAGUUAUUAGGUGGAAUAAUGUUUCUGGUCCUGAGAAAAUAGAUGCCAUGAAAUAUAUUGAGCUACUCGAAGCAGAAAUUGAGGAACUCAAUCAGCAAGUAGGAAGAAAAUCUGCAAAUGGACAGAAUGAAUUGUUGGAAUAUCUCAAGUCUCUUGAGCCCCAAAAUCUGAAGGAUUUAACGAGUAGUGCUGGAGAGGAUGUUGUGCUGGCAAUGAACACAUUCAUAAAACGCCUCUUGGUUGUGACAGAUCCUGGACAAAUGAAGACGAGUGUGACAGAAACAAGUGCCCCUGAACUUGGCAAGCUGCUUUAUUGGCUGAUGGUAGUUGGUUACAGUAUUCGCAACAUUGAAGUUCGAUUUGAUAUGGACCGUGUACUUGGCACUCCACCAAAGCUUGCUGAGUUACCUCCAGCCGAGGACAUUUAGGCAUUCAUUAAUCUGCUUUACAUGAGUAACAAAGUGGAGUGCUGAUAACCAUCACCAGGGAUUAUUUAUUUUUUGAUGCUCGGUGUGAUUUUUAUUUCAUCUGAAGGCAUCUAAAAGCUUAUCUUGGAUGGCCAAUUGCUAGAGGAUACCUUUUUUUGGGGGUUUAAUUUUUUUAUUUUCUCUUCCAGCCAAAAAGGCCACCACCAAUGGAUUGGUUGGUUAAUUGAGCCUCUAAAAUUCAAUGAGGUCGUUUAUGUUGAAAAUCUAAAAUCAUAAAAUACUAGUUUCACGAGUAUACAUUUCAUAUUUGGAUAUGUUUACAUUUUUUGAGGAAUCAACUACUUGGCCAAAAUCUAACAUGGUAUCCUAUAUGAAAGUUUAGCCUAUGUGCAAUUCUUUCUGUUUGCUUGUCUUAUA